CUUUUUGCUCGCUGCCCUAAUUUAUAAUUCCAAAAAAACUCCCUAAUCCUCACUAGCUGGAAAAUUGGUACCUCAUUGCCUUUCAAUAAAAAUUGCAUUUUGAUUUUUGAUCCAAAGCCUUUUUUUUUUCUUUUUUUUUUUUAAUUUUACCUUCUUUUUGCUACUGGGCAUUUGAAGUGGAUAAUCAAUCAAUCAAAGAAAGAUCCCGAAGCCAUGUCGGCACUCUUCAAUUUCCAUUCAUUCUUAACGGUAGUGCUAUUGGGAAUCUGCACCUGCACUUACUUGAAGAUGCAAUUUCCAGCUAUCCUUGAACAGAGAACUGGGUUCCGUGGUUUCUUUUGGAAGGCAGCCAGAAUAGGUGAACGGUUAAGUCCCUGGGUGGCCGUAGGAUGCUUCACAAUGGGUGUCUCAAUAAUAUUUUUCUGAACAAGGAGCACACCCUCUACUGUUCGGAGGAGGGAUCCAAUCUUUGCCGUGUGAGCUAUUGUGUCUCUUGUUGAAAUUUAACAUGUUUAAAAGUGUUUGGAUGAUGAAAAGAGUUUUGUUAACACUGUUGGAAGAACUAUGUAACAAACUUAUUUCAAAA